AUUUGGAGCCGUGGAGAAUUCACAGUCUUUCCACGAUGGGAGAAAGGACAGAUUGUACAAAGUCACACAGUUCACUGGCUGAAUACAGCCCUGUCAAUAAAUCAGACAGGACAGAUCCAAGUGAUGGCUGUGCAAUGCAAGAUGGAAACCAGAAUAUAAUGCAACUGAAGAAAGAAAUAUCUUUGAUAAAUGGGAUAAGCCUUAUAGUAGGCAACAUGAUUGGUUCAGGUAUCUUUGUCUCUCCCAAAGGAGUUCUCAUCUACAGCAAAUCUUAUGGAUUGUCUCUAAUAAUUUGGGCAAUUGGAGGGAUUUUUUCAGUCUUUGGAGCUCUCUGCUAUGCUGAACUUGGAACCACUAUUACAAAGUCAGGAGCCAGCUACGCAUAUAUCUUGGAGUCUUUUGGGAGCUUCAUUGCUUUUAUUCGUUUGUGGACCUCACUCCUAAUUGUUGAGCCAACUAGUCAGGCGAUUAUUGCCAUCACCUUUGCAAACUACAUCGUUCAACCUUUCUUCCCUUCUUGUGAUCCUCCAUAUUUGGCUUGCCGUCUCAUAGCAGCUGCUUGUGAAUGUCUUCUAACAUUUAUAAAUUGUGCCUAUGUUAAAUGGGGAACACGGGUGCAGGAUAUAUUUACUUAUGCUAAAGUCACUGCUCUUAUUGUCAUCAUCAUAACUGGAAUUGUUAAAAUAUGCCAGGGACAUACAUCGCACUUUGAGAAUUCUUUUGAGGGAUCCUCUUUUGAUAUCGGAGACAUUUCCCUCGCACUCUAUUCUGCCUUGUUCUCUUACUCUGGUUGGGAUACCCUCAAUUUUGUAACGGAAGAGAUCAAAAACCCAGAAAGGAACUUGCCACUGGCUAUUGCAGUGUCUAUGCCAAUUGUGACUGUUAUCUACAUUAUGACCAAUAUAGCUUAUUAUACAGUGCUGGAUGUCAAAGACGUUCUUUCUAGUGAUGCUGUGGCAGUGACAUUUGCUGACCAGGUAUUUGGUAUCUUCAGCUGGACAAUUCCUAUUGCUGUAGCCUUUUCUUGUUUUGGUGGCCUUAAUGCUUCAAUUCUAGCGUCAUCAAGGCUAUAUUUUGUAGGAUCUCGAGAAGGUCACCUUCCUGAUCUGUUGUCUAUGAUCCAUGUAGGGAGGUUCACACCUGUGCCAGCACUGCUUUUCAAUUGUGCUAUGACCCUUAUUUACCUGGCUGUGGAAGAUGUUUUCAAGCUUAUUAAUUACUUCAGUUUCAGUUACUGGUUUUUUGUUGGUCUAUCUAUUGCUGGGCAAUUGUAUCUACGUUGGAAGGAACCAGAUCGACCCAGGCCUCUUAAGCUUAGUGUGGCUUUCCCAAUAAUAUUCUGUAUAUGCACAGUAUUUCUGGUGGUAGUGCCGCUCUACAGCGACACUAUAAAUUCAUUGAUUGGAAUUGCCAUUGCUUUAUCUGGAAUUCCAGUCUUCUUCUUGGGAGUCUAUUUACCUGCAUCAAGGAGACCUCAUUUUUUCAACAAGAUUUUAGGUGCAGUCACACGAAAUGUGCAGCUGAUCUGUCACUGUGCUUUAACAGAGAUGGACCCAAGUGAAGAAAAGAAGACAGAAAUCAAAUCCAACUAA